GGAGAGAUUUCUGGGUUCCAAAUCAGGUUCUUGGACAAGAAAAGAAGGGAAAAAUCAAGCUCUCUACCGGUUUCCUCAAGGCAUGGCUGGGUUUCCUUUUUUUUUUUCUUUCGGGUGGCUGCAGCAGGUUCGGGAAGAGCAGAAGCACGCGGGGAAGAAGAAAGAAGAAAAAGGAGAAAAUAUCAGCUAUCCUUAUCCAAUUCUCCUCUUUUAAGCCCCUGAACUUUCAAAAAUUUGGCUAUUAAGCCUAAAACAAUAUUUUCUCUCAUAAAAGUCCUUAACUCAC